GCAGAUAAUGGGAGGAGCCUAACCAGAGCAGUUCCUUUCUUUUCGACGCUGUGGCUGCAACCAUGAGUAUGCUCAGGCUUCAGAAGAGGCUUGCCUCUAGUGUCCUCCGCUGUGGCAAGAAGAAAGUCUGGUUGGACCCCAACGAGACCAAUGAAAUUGCCAAUGCCAACUCUCGCCAGCAAAUCCGGAAACUGAUCAAAGAUGGCCUGAUCAUCCGCAAGCCUGUGACUGUCCAUUCUCGGGCUCGAUGCCGAAAAAAUACCUUAGCCCGCAGGAAGGGCCGGCAUAUGGGCAUAGGUAAGCGAAAGGGUACUGCUAAUGCUCGAAUGCCCGAGAAGGUGACCUGGAUGAGGCGGAUGAGGAUUUUGCGCCGGCUGCUCAGAAGAUACCGAGAGUCUAAGAAGAUUGAUCGCCACAUGUAUCACAGCCUGUACCUGAAAGUAAAGGGGAAUGUGUUCAAAAACAAGCGAAUUCUUAUGGAACACAUUCACAAGCUGAAGGCAGAUAAAGCCCGCAAGAAGCUCCUGGCUGACCAGGCUGAGGCCCGUAGAUCUAAGACAAAGGAGGCACGCAAACGACGUGAGGAGCGACUCCAGGCCAAGAAAGAAGAAAUCAUCAAGACUCUGUCUAAAGAGGAAGAGACCAAGAAAUGAAGCUCCUCUCCUCUCUGUACAUAGUGGCCUUGGCAGUUAUAUAGAUCAUUCAAUAAAACAAGUCG